CUUUGCUUAGCCCAGCCCAGUUCAGCUCGGCCGGCUUACGGACCGCCUGAUUGACACGGACCAAAGUUAUCCCGGAAUAAAGAGAGCACGCAUGUGCCAUCACACCGGAUGUGAACGGGGUUGCCUUCGCUCCCUCACACAACAGAGUAGAUGUGUGUCUAUAUGUAUAUGUAUGCCAGGAGGAACCGUGCCGAGCCGUGCCAAACCGGUCCAGUUGCCGCUGCGCCAAAGAAAGGGAGAGAAAGGAAGGGACGGGGCUGAAAGGGGGGUGGGGGUGGCGCGGGGCUCAGAAACUGACCCGGGUCAAAAAGCCGGUCCGAGAGGGCUUAAGCACGGCUUGCUUUGCGGGAAAAGGGAAAGGGAAAGGGGUUGUUCCUUCUUCCCUGCGCGGGGUGUUUGGGAUGGAUUUCCGCGGGAAAAAGUACGAGCGGGGCAGCAACUGGUCGGACCCGGAGGUGGCGCAGCUGCUGCACUUGUGGGCCGACGCGGCGGUGCAAGCCGAGCUGGAGAGCUGCCUCCGGAACCAGCACGUCUUCAACCGCAUCGCCGAGGUCCUGCGCGGGAAGGGCAUCCGCCGCACGGGAGACCAGUGCCGAGAGAAGAUCAAGAAGAUGAAGCUCGAGUACCGGCGCCUCAAGGACAGCGGCGGAGGGGGCGGCAAGGCCGGCGCCCGAGGAGCGGGAGGGGGGCGCCCCUGGAAGUUCUUCCAAGUCCUGGACCGCGUCCUCGCCGGCCGAGCCCCCCACAGCCCCCCGGGGGAGCCCCGCCUACACCCGCACCUGGGACCCUCCGCCGCCCCCCAGGCCCCCUCCUCGCAGUCCCCGGAGCUGGUGGAGAUCAAGUGCGAGGAGGAGGACUCCGAGGAGCAGGGCUUGGCCCCCCAGCUGCCCUCUGCCCUCCCUCACAGGCCAGAAAUAGAGAGGACCUUUCUGGAGAGGUCCCAGGACGACUCUCCCCUCUCCCAGGUGGAGCCCCCCCUUGAGACCAGUGUCUCGCCUUCAGGUUUGAGUGAACCCAAUAUGGCUUCUUCCUCCCGGAUCCAAAGUCUGGGGCCACGGCCUGGCUUUUCCACCUUGCACCGCUUGCGGAAGAAACGGAAAGCCCAACGGCUGAGGGAUCCUUUGGAUGCGCUCUUGCUGAAAACCCUGACUGCACAGCGGGAAAUGGAGGAACGCUUUCUGCAUAUGGAGGAGUGCCGACUCCAGCGUGACCUGGAAGUGGAGGAGCGGCGGAUACAGAUAGAGCAGCGUCGUUUUGAGCAGGAACGGGACCAUGAAUUCCGCAUGUUCAAUGUCUUUGCCCAGAUGCUCAGCAUCUUAAAACAGAGCAAUAAUGGCUCUUCUGCAAGUGGGCAGCCUCAGGAUAUAGAGCUUAGCCGAACAUUUUCGGAAAACACAGGAGUAGGAGAACGGGUGCAGGAAGAGGGAGAGACCCCACAACUACGACAACCCUUUUUGGACAGGAGAACCAGUGUACACAGUUGCGGCAAUCACAGCAAUGUCCAAAGCAGCCCCUUCCUCUCUGCCCGAGGCAACAUGGCUAACAUCUGCUGGGGCUCAGCUGAAGAGGGUUAUAGUGCCUAUCAUGCUGACAAGUAUGAUGAAGACAAAAAUCCCAAUGGCAUCAUUAAUUUUGGCACCAGUGAGAAUAAACUCUGCUUUGAUCUGAUGUCCAAGCGGUUAACACAAAGUGACAUGAAUGUCAUGGAACCACCAUUCCUGCAGUAUCCAGACUGGAAGGGCCACAUGUUCUUGCGAGAGGAAGUGGCUCAAUUUUUGACUUAUUACUGUAAGGCACCUGCACCUCUCAAGGCAGAAAAUGUGAUUGUGCAAAAUGGCUGUGGCUCUCUGUUUUCUUCUUUGGCUACAGUUCUUUGUGAGCCAGGGGAAGCCUUCAUGAUUCCCACCCCUUUCUAUGGGGGCAUCACCCAAAGUGUGUUUCUGUAUGGAAAUGUGAAGUUAGUCUAUGUCUAUUUAGACAGUCAGGUUACUGGCACAUGUACCCGUCCAUUCCAACUCACUGUGGAAAAACUCAAUAAGGCCUUCCAGAAUGCACAGUCAGAGGGUGUCAAGAUAAAGGGUUUAAUUCUCCUGAAUCCACAAAAUCCUUUAGGAGACAUUUAUUCUCUCUCAGAGUUACACGAUUACUUGGAGUUUGCCAAAAGGCAUGAAUUACACGUGAUUGUGGAUGAGAUCUACAUGCUGUCAGUUUUUGAUGAUUCCACUACAUUCCACAGUGUGCUAGAAAUGGAGAGAUUACCUGAUCCACAGAGGACCCACGUGAUGUGGGGAACUACUAAGGAUUUUGCUAUCUCUGGGAUUCGGUUUGGAACCCUAUACACACUGAAUCAAGAUGUCGCCAGUGCUGUUGCUUCCUUGUGUUACUUGCAUGGGGUCAGUGGGCCUAUCCAGCACAAAAUUGCACAGCUACUUAGAGACAGAGACUGGAUCAACCAGGUGUUCUUACGGGCCAACCAUGAGAGGCUGAAAGCAGCCCAUACUUUUGUGACAGAUGAGCUGAAGACACUUGGGCUUCCCUUCCUCAAUCGCAAUGCAGGCUUCUUUGUGUGGAUUGACUUCCGAAAGUACUUGAGGAGAGGAACGUUUGAAGAAGAAAUGAUACUUUGGAGGCGGUUCUUGAGCAACAAGGUCCUGCUGUGUCAUGGGAAAGGUUUUGAGUGCUGUGAACCUGGCUGGUUCCGCAUCAUUUUUUCUGACAAGAUCCAACGUCUGCAGCUAGGCAUGCAGAGGAUCUGUGAGGUAUUGGAAGAGUGUGAACGUGAAAUCUUGAAUGAAGCUAAAGACCAGUCCCGCCAGUCUGACUCGGAAGGCAAAGCGGACAGCACAGAUGAAGUGAUCUUUGUGUCCCACCACCAAGAGCCAGUCUCUGGCGGCAGCUCCAAUCUGGGCGAUCUCAUAGGCCUUCUGCAGCAGCAAAUGCGUUCAUCUGACUGGCUGCAAAAGAACACAGUGGAGCAGUUUGCACAGGAGAAACCAGAGGUUUAUGAGGUUUUCAGCAAGUUGGUGGGGAAACAGUAGAACCCCCAUUUUGUGCCAGGACCUGUCCAUGGAAGUUUUUGCUGUUUUGACUGAUACAAUGUUAUAAUUUCGAUAACAAGUAUUUUAAGGAACCAUUUUGCAAACCACCCUCCUUGGCUCUUCUUUCAAAACCAUAUUGUAUUGAGACCAGCCACAAAAGGGUGGCUUUUAUUUGAUUCCCACCUCCUGUAUUGUAUUUUGUAUGUUUGUUUUUAGGAAUCAAGCAUAUGUUUUCAUGUGGAGAGAGAUGAAAUUGUUGUUUGCGAUGUUUCAGGUUUCAUCUUUUCGUAAGGGAAAGGUGUUUUUUUUUAACAGCUGAAGAAUUUCUUAAAGCACUAGUUGCGAUCUGAAAUGAAAUGGGAGUAUUGAGGAACUUGAACAGUUUGUCAACAAGUCACUUUAACACAGAAUUUAGAUGCAGGUUUAAAUGGACUCAAGUUCAGAUAUUAUAGUACGGGUACAUAAUAUUUGUAUAUUAGUCACGUUUUCCCGUGUAUGUGUGUGUAUAUGUAUGUAUGUUCCAGUAUGUAUGUUCCAGUAUUCCAAAGACCAGUUCAGAAGGAAUGCUUUUUGCUUCUGAGCUAUGAAUAAGGGACCAUAGUCUUAAACAUACUCCCUUUACCCUUUUCCCUCUCACAAAUGAAUUGCCUUCCUACCCUAGACAUUUACAAUUGUGAUGUUCUUUUCGUGAAAUUAUCCCUGAAUUCAUUCGUACGCCAGCAGUGACUUUAACCAUGGUCAACUAUAACCAAUGAUUCACUUCCUGGUAGGAUCUGAAUCAAGUGUUGCUCAAUUGUAACUCCACUUAAUGUUCAGGCAAACAUCAUGAGCAAGAGAAUACCCAUAAACUGGGGAGUAGAAUAUAGUCUCUUGCAGUCUUUCCCUGAUUAAGGAAAUGUCACUGUUAAGUAAAGGUUUCCCCUGCCAUUAAGUCUAGUCGUAUCUGACUCUGGGGGGUGGUGCUCAUCUCCAUUUCUAAGCUGAAGAGCCAGUGUUGUCCGUAGACACCUCCAAGAUGGUGUGGCCAGCAUAACUAUAUGGAGCGCCAUUACCUUCCCGCAAAAGCGGUACUUAUUGAUCUACUCGCAUUUGCAUGUUUUUGAACUGCUAGGUUGACAGAAGCUGGGGCUAACAGAGGGAGCUUACCCCACUCCCCUAAUUCAAAUCACCAGCCUUUUGGUCAGAAAGUUCAGCAGCUCAGCAGUUUAACCCACCGUGCCACCAGAUGUUACUGUUACAUCUGCAUUAUUCUAGAAAUUUUAAUGCUAACAAUGAAUUAAAUCUUAGUGACUUAAGACUGACAUCUCUAAAUUAUUUCAAUGCUGCCCUCAAGAGGUCAAGUCUUGAAAAUGACGAGUAGUGGCUAGUCCAGUUGUUUCUUCAUUUCAGACUCUAUUUCCUGAAAUGUUGCCAUUAAUUUGGGUUUCUCAUCUACGGUGGAAUUUAAGGGUAUCAAUUCCUUAUUCACAGAAUGACUUCGAGAUAUAUCUUUCUUCAUUAUGGAUAUUUGUACAUCUGUGAUGAUCACAUUAUGGAGAGGGUCUCCUAGUAUACAUGGUUAUUGGAGAGGCUGAAGACAAACCAGGAUAUUUUACUUAAAUUAUAUUCACCGAAAUCUAACUAAUGGGAAUGUGGUAAGUUAAAAUGGAUGUGAGCUCUACUGAAUUUAUUGAUGUGCUCUAUAGUUUGCCUUCUAUGUUCUGUACCAGUUGAAGAUGAGCAAUUGGAUUUAUACUAUGGAGUGAAAUGUUACCAGUGAUGAAAAUCUUAACAUUUAGCAUAAUAAAACUAGAGAAGAUGAAAUGGUAGAACUCUACCAUGAUGAUUAUUGCUCCAAUGGUUUGUGGAAAGGGAACUUUUUUCCUCUUAAUUGGUUUGUUUGUGGAUCUUACUUUUACAAAAUGUGUCAGUAAUUGAUAAGGCUGUUUUUCAGAUUUACUUUUACCAAUCGGGUAACUUGUGGUAUCUGAAAGAAAAAGGCAAUGCAAAUUAGAAUAGAUUAGAUUUGCAUGUAUUGCUUUUUUCUAAUCUGUAUGGUAUGUACUGUAGUACCAUUGGCAAAUUGCUCUUAACCAAUUGUUCUUUUUAAAUUUUCACUAAUUAAACCUCAAAAUAUUACUCAAUAUCUAGCUUCAAUCUUCCGCCUGUAUCUGUUGAUUCAAGUCCUUGUUCCACCUUGUUUUAAAUGGAGUUGACUGUGUUGAUCUUCUAAUAAUAAAUUCUAAGUUUUGCUCAUCA